AAACUCAAGGCCAGGGGCCAUAUCCUGCCCGCAGGGAACUUAGAUCUGGCCCACGGGGCCACCCUGGAAACAGCAAAGGAUCAGCCCGCAGUACCUCUGUCAGCGAAACCAGAGCUUGAGAGGGCUAUGUAUGGCCCUCGCAAGCUCAGUUUUCGCUGGCAGAGGGUUGCAGGAGGCCGUCACAGCUGAAGACAGCGCUUGGGAGCCCAUUUUUGCUGGCAGAACUCUCAGGCUGCCACAGGUGCCCGAUACAAGUGAUGUCAAGCUGGCCAUGCCUACCCCAGCCAUACCUACCCCAGCCCCCCCAGGUCAAACACAACCCUGAUGUGGCCCUCAAUGAAAUCAAAUUUGACACCCCUGAUUUAGAGGAUUUAAAAACUUCACUGAAUUUUGAAAAAGAUUUCCAAAGCAGGAAACAACCAAAAGCAAUGUAUGCUAUAAAGGCUCAAACCAAUAAUUAAUGUCUAAGAAUGAUAUAAAGCUUUUAAACUAAGAUAGAGGAUAAUAACCAACCAGUUUGCAGUUCACAGUAGUAACAGAAUAAUUGAUCAUCAGGGUGGACAAAUGCCAAAAGCUUUCAAAUCUUGGUGACAACCGUAUCUUAGGGAUAUAUGCAUUGUGAUCUUUAAAGUUGUCACAUAGUGGUUGGCAGAUGCGGUAUCCAUCAAGUGUCUCAGAGUCGCCUUGAACUGUGAGAUGGGCAGCAAAUAAAUUUGAUAAUAAUAAAAAUGUCAAAUCCAGUCUGAAUAUCUGGCUGACUGUGAUGAACCAAUAAUAAUGAUAAUCUUCAAGAAUUAUACUUCGCUAAUGGGUGAGGUACAUAAUAGAACAGCAUUCUAUAAGAUACUCAAUACUGCAUGCCAGAGAAGACUUUGAAUGUCUUUAUAAGUACCAUGUUCUGUAAUAAAGUGAUAACCAAUGUACCUUCAGGACAGAUACAACGUUAGACUAUUCUCUUCAUUGCAACAUAAAGUCUGAAUUAAGCUUGAUUAGCAUUGACUUCAUGGAUACAUCUGUAUAGUUUUCUUGGAAACAAACAAAAAAUAUUUCCCAGGAUGUUUUUUUCAACUUUCUAGUUUAGUUCAUAGCACUGGAGUUUCCAGAUAGUCUCCCACCAAAGUAUUAACCAGAUUUUCAAGAUAGCCAAGUUUUGCCAGGUCCUCAAAUGAACACGGUUGCAAUUUUUUGCAGUAACUUCAGCUCUCAAGCCAACAUCAGUUUUGGCCAUAUUAUGAUUGUGAUUAUGUUUUCCAUGCAAGAUACCACUUGUACAUACAACGGAGGUGGUUUUAGUAUUUAAUAUUUAGUGUUACAAGGUAACAUACUUGUGUUGUGCUCCAUUAGCAGUCUACGGAGCUGGCAACGGAGUCGGACAGUGAUGAGGCUGAGGUGAGGCCAGGGCCAUCGGGAAGUGAGGUGCGGACUCCAGAGCCUGACAGUAGUGAGGCAGAGGAACAGGAGGAGACUGUUCCUAAUACACACAUGAGAAGAGCUGCCAGAAGGCAAGAGCAGCUCAAGCAGAAAGGACAACUCUGGAGUAGGGCCAAGAGAUGAUUGGCUCCUCCCAUAAGGCUUAAAGCAGACCAACACCGGCGUUUGGACUUUGCCGGAAAACAACACUGUAGCUGCAUCUUCUGCUUCGUCUUCUGCUUCGUCUAUGUCUUUGUUUUUGUGGUUUCUGGACAUUUGCCAGGAAGGGCCUUUGGCAGUUUGCCUAAUUGGACCAAGGUUUGCGAGAUAACUGAGGAAUUUGUUCUGGGGAGGAAUUUGUUUUAAGGAUGCUGGGAAUGAAGUAAUUCCCAGCUGUUCAAAUAAAGUUUUUUUUUUUUUUUCACGGACUAAGUUUAUUACUACCUACUUGGGCCUGGGUCAAAACAACUUGAUCUUUCAGUGGAGAUGCAUUCCUAUCCAAAGGAAACAAUUGUCCUAAUUAUGGGGAAACCAUAAACUAUAAAUUUUACUCUCAUGGGUUGAUUUACUUACUCGCUCCAAGGUCCCUUCCAACUGUUAUUCUACUCAUUGAACCUAAAACCUCUCAAUACCAUAUUUACACACAAUUAAAAAGAAACAAUAAAAAUGCUAAGGAGACAGACCAGAACACAUUCUCUCCAAAAGCCAACACCCUGGUAAGGAGGGAUUAACCUCAAGCAAGCAGAAAACAAUGCUCUAAAUCCAUGACGGCAAACCUAUGGCACAUGUGCCAGAGAUGGCAUGCAGCACCCUCUCUGUGGGCACGCGAGCCAUCAUCACAGUUCAGCUCCGCUGCACAUGUGCGUACACUCCUGCUGGCUAGCUGGUCUUUGGGUCUCUUCCGCGCAUACACUGGGGGCGGGGUGUGUGGGGGGCCACAUGCGCAUGCAUGGGGGGUACAUAUGGGGGGGCUCACACGCAUGCACUGGGGAAGAGGCACGUGGGGGGGCCACAUAAACUGCAUUUUGGGGGUUUGGCCGUGCACAUGCAGAUUUGUGCCUGCAUGUGUGCGCUUGGGCACUCAGUCCAGAAAAGGUUAGCCAUACUGCCCUAAAUGAAGGAACUAUCAAAGAGAACUACCACAUCCCUACCAACACUAAUAGGGCAAGUUACUAUAUAUUCAACAAACCCCACCCUCACUAAUAUGAUGUUAUCUAGUUGGUUAAUGAAACAUCUACAAUCAAACAACCAAAUUCAGAGAGAACCAAGGACUUCUUAGAAGAGCUAAGGCUAUAAAAGGGUGAAAUGUUAAGUAAGGAGGAAUAGAUAUCUCAACUUCCCCCUCCAGCUAUAUUCCACAGUUCUUCCCAAAGUUUGGGUCCAAACUGGUAUCAUAUGUUCAUCUUUCUGCUACAGCACUAACUUAGUAUGUGCCUGCUGUUUGCCAUUCAUCUUUACUGCUAGUCCUUAAUCUACUAUCAUAAAGAAGCCUGCCCAUUAUGGUUAUAAGUUGUGAUGAUUCUAAAGGGGUCACCAUGUCACAGGAUGCAUUUUUAUGAUUUUUUUGCAGUGGUCAUUAAGGAAAUCCAUUAUUUGCUAAAGGCCGUUUUUUGCUGAAAACCAAUAGCAAACACUAGUUUUCACCAAAAACAUUGUAUACUGUGGUCACAUGAGGAUGUUACAAAUAGCCGUAAAUGCAGGCUGAUUGCUGAAUGCCCAGAAUACAGCCAUGUGACAGAUUUACCCUUCUUAGUUGUAGCCCAGAACAAACUUUUGAAUGUCUUAAGUUGACUUUCACUAAGGUUGUGUUGCCCAUUAAGCCAUGGUUUAAUCCCAACUGGCUGCAUCUCCACAAUUCACACACCACAAAUCAUAUUGCUAGAACAAGCCAAACCCAAUGAAAUACAGGGAGUCCUCGACUUAUCAUUUAGUGAUUAUUUGAAAUUACAACAGCACUGAAAAAAGUGACUUAUGAUCACAUUUCACACUUACAACCGUUGUGGCAUCCCAAUAAGUCACAUGUUCAAAAUUCAGACGCUUGGCAACUGGUUCAUGUUUAUGACAGUUACGACAGUUGCAGUGUCCUGAUGUGGUGAUCACCUUCUGCAACCUUCUGACAAGCAAAGUCAGUGGGGAAGCCAGUUUCAUUUAAAUUUUGAAUUUGUUGAAUUUUGUUGAAUUUUACUAACUUAACAACUGCAGUUAUUGUCAAGAAAGGUGGUAAAAAGGGGCAAAAUUCACUUAACUUAGCAACAGAAAUUUUGGGCUCAAUUGUGGACAUAAGUUGAGGAUUGCCAGUAAUAUAGGUUCAUGCAGGGUGAACAAUGUGAUUUAGUUGUAUGUUAAAUAUUGACCUAAUAUGGUCAUUCAUUGAACAGACAGUCCUCAACCCAAGCAAAGUCAAUGGGGAAGCCAGAUUCACUUAACAACUGGGUUACUAACUUAACAACUGCAAUGAUUCACUUACCUACUUUUCUGGCAAGAAAAUUUGUAAAAUGGGGUAAAACUCACUUAAAAGUCUCAUUUAGCAACAUAAAUUUUGGGGUCAACUGUGGUUGUAAGUUGAGGACUACAUGUAUUCAUUGGUUUGAAUGUUCUUUCUUAAAAUCUACUAGCGAAAAACACAAAAGUUCCUUCUGAAUUAAGAAUCUGCUCAAAAUCCUGGAACUAAAAUACUGUAAUACUGAUGACAGUUGGAAUAAAACCAAACUCACCCCAGGAAUGCCUACUUGAUUUUGAAAAUAUUUGCAAGGUGCAACAAAAAAAAGAAGAAGAAGGGGAAGAGCUUGUUAAGGAGAUAGAAAAGAAUGAAAAGUUUCUUCAGCAACAAAUAUUCAGCCUUUCACAAUACACAAUUUGUAAAUUAGAUAAUUUACGUUUUAAAGUGAUUAACUAAUCAAAAGCUUUUACUGAGGUGUCCAUAUUGAGUGAUAUCAAUAAAAUACACGAUUGAUCUAAGCUUUACUUAGGUCCAAGACUUGAUUUUCCUUUUCUGUUCAACUGAAAUAUAACAUAGCAAAUAUAUAGUAAGAAAAAUAUGAAACAUAUAAUUACAAAGUAUAUUUAUAAAUUUAUAUAAUAAAAAUAAAAACCUAUAUAUUUAAACAUAUAUACAAAUGUGGAAUUUUAACCAAUUUUUUCCUUUUGACUUUUUUUGUCCUUCUGUUCAAUUAUAUCCAAUUCUUAGAAACCACCUGAACAAGUCCCCGCAGUUUUCUGGGCCAGAUUUCUUCAGAAGUGUUUGCCAUUGCCUCCUUCCUAGGGCUAAGAGAAGGUGACUGGUCCAAGGUCACCCAGCUAACUUCAUGCCCAAGGCUGGACUAAAAUUUACAGUCUGCCAAUUUAUAGCCUGAUGUCAACCUUUACACCAAACUGGUUCUCCUGACUUAAAUACCAAGGUUAAAAUCAGGAUGUUUCUUGAUUAUUGUUCCUAUGUAUUUUCAAAAAUUGAGUGCCUUGCCUUUAAAAAUAUGUAAAACAUUUUAUGCUACAUUGAAAAGUUAUUCUGAGUCCUUUUAAAACCAAUUUUUUAUUGUGAUACACACCAAAGAAGCUGAAAAUGUGCUUGUUUUGAUUCAAAAUUAAUCUGUUCAUCCUCUAUCCUUCAAAGUGGAAGCUCAUUGCUAAAAUCAUUUCUACAAAUAUCAGAAUACUUUUAGCUACAACCAACAUGGAAGACUGGGCCAUCACUCGCAAAUGGCUGAUGAGCAACACUCAUCAGUUGGAUCAUAUUCAGAGUCUCUUUUCUCUGAGUGAGUCAUACUGGGAAGAAUAUGGUAAAUGCCACCUGAACUAUGCACAUUAGAUAGUGACCCAGAGAACUGCUUAUCUUAAUGAUACAGCCUGGAUUAUCUGAAUGAUGCACACUGGACAUGAUCACUUGAGUGUAUCAGAGUAAAACUUCUAGUUGCUGCACCAUAGCUUCCCAUGUGCUCUUUAUCCAACCUCAAUUAAAUAGGAUUUUGCACAUCCUCCGUAGCCCUCCAUCCUGUCACACUGUUCUGUUUUCAUCUUGUCAAACUGGUAGCUGCUACCAACUCCAUCCACACAUACCAUAUGCUCUGUUACCUAUAGCCCAUGCUAUGUCAUUUACAUGUGGGGAAUUCUCUAAAGAGCAAAUAACACCCUAGAAAGAAGUGUAUGAUUCUUUGAAACUGGCUAUUAAAUAAGCAAUUGCUCUCCCUGGCUUCCAAAAAGAUUCUUUGCCAUGAUAGGUUAUUCAUUCUGUUGUCUACAAAAAAAAUAUCAGGUAAUAUAUAGGUACAUUUUCAAUAGACUCCAUUAUUGAGUAGAUUGAUAGUUUUAUGUAUAAGUGCUAUUGGGUUCUCAAUGCUGAAUUUUCAGAUGCAUUUAAUACAAACAUUGUGGGUUCCUACCUAACAAUUGAGAAUAGUUCUGCAUUUUGCAAAUAAUUUUGACUUUGCUAUUGUAAUCUUAAUGCUAUUCAUACAAGACUGAUGAAGCUGCAUGAUAUUUGUUUUUUGCUCACAAACUUGGCUAUUAGGUUUGUGCUUGUCAAUCAAGGUGCUAAAACCUGUGCUUGACCUUCUGCAAUUGCUUCUAUGGAUUUGUUUUAAUGUUUAAAGAAACAUUUAAAUACUCUUGACCAAACAGACCAGCAGGUAGCAGUUAGUAUGGACUUCUACACCAUCCAUUCUUAUAACCGUGGAGUAAAAGAAAGACAAUCUAGAGUUUUCUGAGAAUUUAAUCAACUUUUUUGAGUUUUAUUCUCUCAGAAUAUAGCCAAUCCAAAUCUGAAUAGGGCAGACUUGAAGCAAAAUACACUUUCCAUUUUGUCCAAAUAAAUUCUCCUUUUUCUUGCCAAGCAAAAACUGAGCCUGUCCUUUAAACUACAUGCUAGCUUUGCCAAAUUAAAAUAUAUGGAGGCUUUAUAUGAGAAGCUCACAUGGAAAACCUGCACUCUUGUGUAGUAAUCACUGAGGUAUCAGCAAUGUAGCUAAUUUUAGUAUUUUUCAACAAAAUAUCAUGAUAUAGAUGACAGGGUAUUACUUCUAUACAGUACCUGUACCUGUACCUAUACUGUACAGUACAAUACUUUACUUUGUCCAUUUUUAAACCACAGUAGCUUAACAAUGGUGAAAAACAUCCAGUUAUCCAACAUGGUAAGGUUGCCAAAUUUUUAAAUGAAAGAGAAUAAAUAAAUGCAUUGAAGGUUCAGUUAAAUGUAGGAUAUAAUAAACUGUAAUAGAAAAAAAAUAUAAAUUUACAGAUUCUAGGUUCCCUCUUGUAAAAUGCUUCAAUUAUGUAUAAUACAGAUAAUCAGAAUGGUCCAUUUUAGCUUCAAUCUGACCAUUCUGCAAUUCUAAGUUAUUUAUUUAUGAAGUAGACUGGCCUUUCUAAAGAUCAAAGAUAACAUACUAUCAAGGAAGGCAACAGAACUGUUGCUAAAUAUUGAAAUAUUUCCAAGAUUAGCAGAUAAUAUUGCCAAUAGUUGGGAAAAAAUAUUUAAUACUAGAUUCACUCUGCUAUGUUUACAGGAUAGUAAUCUGAAAGUACGUGUAUAGUACAUGCACAAUGGUUCAUAGAAAUCAACAGAAAUUAAAUUAAUUAUCGAUUUAUGAUUGCAGGGCCCAAAUCAAAGAAACUGAGACAUUCUGAAACAUAAAUUCAGGACUGAUAUAACGUAAGUUCAACAUUACAAAGAUAAUAGAAUUUUUAACUAUACAAUUAAUAUAAAAUUCAGUGAGCCAUUUUCUAGGUACUUCCUACUAUAUAAGAUUAUAAUUUUUCUGUUCCCUUGUUCAAUUUAGCCUUUACAGUAUCUUUUACAAACUCAUCAUUUAUUACAGAGCCAACUUCCUAUUGGGUCAAGUUUUUUCCUCUCAAAAAUAGAAACUUAAUAACUUUCUCAACUUUGAAAAAAACAUGUUUUGUACUUCAGUCAAAACACAGUCCAAACUUAUACAAGGGUUAACACUCUGAUAAGCAGUCUAUUAAAUGUCCAACUCCAUCCUUAAAAGUUUUUAAAAUCAGUUUUGUUUACCCCUUACACUAACUACUUAGAAAUACAGUAGCCUGGGAAAAACAUAUAUAUUGCAUUUACUAAUAUUUCAUUAUUUUAAUCCUUGGUUUCCUAAAAACCUAUUUUCACCACGGAAAGUUUAAUUCCUUUAGCUUACCUUGAGCAAAAAAGAUCCAGUUCUGUCAAAAUAAUCCAAUAUCAAUUUUAGCUAUGUUAUAUAUUAAUCAUUCCAUGAGAGAUUUCAAAUUUUCAGAAUUAUCUCUCACAUAGUUUUUACUCACACAUUCGACUUCAUUCCAGAAAUAUCACACAUAGCCCUGUUUUUAUUUUAAAAUAAUACUUGAACAAAAACUUCUUGAAAAUUUUAGAAUGAAAUUAUUUCAUUCUAAGGUGCACUUCAGCUUCAAAUGAAAAUUGCUCCACAAAUCAUACCCCCUUCGCCCUGUAUCUCUCUAAAAAACUAUUUUUGAUACAUCACACUUCAUAAAAACGCGCUGUACUUUUCUCCCUUUUUCCUCUUCUUCCUCCUCCACCUUCUUCUUUCUCUCUAUACUACCUCCAAGAUGGUAGGAAAGUUGUUGUUUUGGAGGGCAGAGAAGCCGCUCUCUGGUGUUAUGUCCUCUCAGUGCCUGUAGUGGUGCUGUAGGAGGCUGCUCAGCUCUCUUCUUGAGCAGCCCCAACAGCCCUGCCUUCUUUGCUGGAGAAUAUAUUCAGGGAUUCCCCUUAAUAAUCACCUACCCUCUGAGCACUUUGUAGUUUUAAAAUAAUAAAGAGCUCCUGUUCAAAGCUUUCGUCUCUUCUAAAAGCAGGAAUCUUUCUCCUCAGAGCCAGGGGGGCAGCAACAGCAGCAGCUCCUCAGCACUGAAGCCGCUCCGAGCCCAUUCCCCGGUCCCUCUGCUGGGGAGGAAACUCUGGUCUGUCAGCCCAACAGAGGGAAAGGGGGGAGAGGAGAGAGGAGAGAAAAAAAAGCAGCUGGAAAGACAAUCUAUUUCAUCUUGACUCAUCAUCAUUCCAAGAUAGUGGCAUCUCUGGGGCUCUGGGCGCUAAUGUUAAUAUGGUACAGAAGAUUUAAAAUUAGCUGAUGUUCACAAGAAAAAGAACCACGUGAUGUAUGAAGGCAAACAUAUACACUUUUCUGAAGUAGACAAUAAGCCGUUGUGCUCCUACAGCCCCAAACUGUGUAAGCAGAGGCGGUUAAAUGGCUACGCCUUCUGUAUCAGGCAUGUUCUGGAGGAUAAGACCGCCCCUUUCAAGCAAUGUGAAUAUGUGGCGAAGUACAAUAGCCAACGCUGCACCAACCCCAUCCCUAAAUCUGAGGACCGUAGGUAUUGCAACAGUCACCUACAAGUUCUUGGCUUUUUACCGAAAAAGGAGAGGAAGAAAAAGAACGAUCCAACAGAAGACGUAAAAGUUCGGCACCAGAUGGAUUCAAUAGCCUUCAGCCUGACAGUUCCUCCAUUGGCUUUGAAGAUGCCCAAUGGCCUGGAUGGGAUGUCCCUCUCUCCACCAGGGGCCCGGCUUCCUCUCCACUACUUGGAAGCAGAAUUGGAAGACCCCUUUGCUUUCAAUGAGGAAGAUGAAGAGCUCAAGAAAGGGACAGCUGUGAAGAAAAAGUUGCAGAGCAAAUUAGCCCAAAACCGUCAACGCCAGAAAGAAACUGAGAUUCUGAAAGUUCGCCAAGAGCACUUUAGCCCCGUUCCUGCACCUUUGCAGCAGCAGCCUUUGCAACCACAGCAACAUGCCCAUCUCUCACCUAUACCAACGUCUUUAAAGCCAGCAGUGCUCCCACAGGGCUUAGUCUGCAAGUCACCUCAACCUCAGAAUACCAGCCUACCAAUGCAGGGAGUGGCACCCACCACACACGCUAUAGCACAAGCCAGGCAGUCGGCCAACAAAAGACCUCUGCCUCUCUUGCACCCUACUAAAAUUCAUGCCCCAGACCCACCCAGGGCUGACAGGAUCCUAAUGAAAGCCACAGCCUUCUCCCCAUACUCAUUCUGUAGGAGCCGGUUACAGAGACUGGUGAAACUGUGCACUCAAAAACGUCAGCUGGAUGCUGAUCUCUUUCCACAUUUAGGGUUGGACUGGUCUGAAGACAGUGGAGAAGAACUGGAAGAAUUAGAUCAAACCUCUCCAUACCAAGUUGCAUGGUCUAUCCGGGAAGCCCUCAGAUAUGAAAGGAAUGAGCUUGAUGAUGAUUAUGCCAGUGGCAGGAGAACCCGCAUUUCCCAACUUUGCACUUACUUUCAGCAGAAAUACAAGCACCUCUGCCGCCUGGAGCGGGCAGAAUCUCAACAAAGGAAAUGCCAACAUACAUUCCGGAAAGCAUUGUUGCGGGCAGCAAACAGAGAACCGGAAUAUGCUGGGCAGCUGAUUCGAGAACUCCGUAGAGCUUCAUGUCCUCGGACCAGCUCAAACCAAGUGAAGCAGAGGGAAGCAUCACCAUGCGGUGGAACCACAAAGGGUGAACCAUGCACUAACAAGGCUCUUCCAUUCACUAAACAUUGUUUUCAACAUAUCCUCUUGAAUCGAUCGCAGCAACUUUUUUCAAGUUGUACAGCUAAGUUUGCUGAUGGACAGCAAUGCUCUGUGCCAGUUUUUGACAUUACACAUCAGACCCCCUUAUGUGAAGAACAUGCCAAAAAAAUGGAUAACUUCUUGAGAGGAGACAGCUGUCGUAAAGUUCAACACCAGCAGCAGAAGAAACCCAGGAAAAAAACAAAGCCCCCGGCGCUUACCAAAAAACACAAGAAAAAGAGAAGACGAGGGCCACGGCGCCCCCAAAAGCCAAUUCCUCCUGCUGUACCCCAAGGAAAUCUUAUUAUGCCCACCAGCAUCUCACUGCCAAUGGAGAUAGCUCAUAUACGGAGUCCCUCCACACCUGAGCUGAGUACAGAUGAGCUGCCAGAUGAUAUUGCCAAUGAAAUCACAGACAUUCCACAUGACCUGGAAUUGAAUCAGGAGGACUUCUCUGACGUCCUGCCACGACUGCCUGAUGACUUGCAAGAUUUUGAUUUCUUUGAAGGUAAAAACGGAGACCUCCUCCCUACCACUGAAGAGGCAGAGGAACUGGAACGGGCCUUGCAGGCUGUAACUUCUCUUGAGUGCCUGAGUACUAUUGGUGUGCUCACUCAGACAGAUGGUGUACCAGUUCAGGAACUAUCGGACAGAGGAAUAGGGGUGUUUUCCCCAGGUGCUGAAACUUCAGGAAUUCAAUCUUUGAGCCGAGAAGUCAAUGCAGAUCUAGGUGAGCUGCUGAAUGGGCGCAUAGUACAUGAUGACAAUUUCUCUAGCCUGGAUCUUGAUGAGAACUUGCUCCGUUCUGCUACCUUAUCCAACCCAUCUACGCCCCUGGCAGGGCAGAUUCAGGGGCAAUUCUCUGCCCCAGCCAACGUUGGCCUUACUUCGGCUACUCUGAUAAGCCAGAGUGCGCUUGGGGAGAGAGCCUUCCCGGGACAGUUUCAAGGACUUCACGAUGGCAGCCAUGCCUCCCAGAGGCCACACCCUGCCCAGCUGCUAAGCAAGGCAGAUGACCUAAUCACCUCACGACAGCAAUACAGCAGUGACCAUUCACACUCCUCACCCCAUGGAAGCCAUUAUGACAGUGAGCAUGUGCCAUCACCUUACAGUGACCAUAUAAGGUCCCCCAGUUCCACCUCUUAUUCUAGCGAUAAUUUGGCAGCUACUUUCUCUACUGAGAUGCCCAUCAUAGCACAGCAUCUGCUCCCAUCGCAACUGGAGGUGCCACUUAGUGGGGUGGUGAAUCCCAGAACUCACUGGGGGAGUCUCCCUGUAAACCUUGGUGACCCUUCUCCAUUUAGUAACCUGCUUGGUGCAGAUGGACACCUCCUUUCCACUUCCCUGUCUACACCGCCUACUACAUCGCACUCAGAGACCACCCAGCCUGCCUUCGCCACUGUGACCCCCAACAGCUCCAGCGUGCUUCCGGGGUUACCACAGACCAGUUUCAGUGGCAUGGGUGCUGCAUCUUCUGAACUCAUGGCCUCCACUUCUCCUAAGCAGCAGCUCCCACAAUUCAGUGCAGCCUUUGGCCACCAACUAAGCUCCCACAGUGGCAUUCCCAAGGACCUGCAACCCAGCCACAGUUCCAUAGCUCCUCCAACUGGCUUUGCAGUAACAGGUGCCACAGCUACAAGUACCAAUAAUGCAUCAGAUCCCUUCACCACCUCCAGCUGAGUUUGUCUGCCUGUGAAUGACAGGCAGCUUGGGUACCUUAUGUAACCAUCAUUGCAUCCGCCACCUCCUUUUCUCUUCCUGGUUUUUGUCACCCCCUUCUUUUUAAAGACUUUUUUUUUAAUUUAAAACAAAAAGAGGGGCAAAUGUCCUGAUUCAGUACAGACCAGGGUUUUCCUGUUAAGCUCUGCUCUAAUUAUCCUAUGUGCUGUUUAUGUAUUGGUGCUCAUUUAUUUCUGGCAGGUUGCUGUACUUAUCCAGUUAAUACUCAGUUAGGGAAUACAGCACAGAUACUGGAUGUAAUUGAUUUUAGUCAAAGAAAGGUGAAGAUGUAUGUAAUUGACCUUAGAAUCAGAAAUGAGAAGAUACCUCAAAUAAAAUAAAUGCAAGUUCCUAAGGUUCAGAUUGGAAUUUCAGUCCUAUUGGCAUCUGGGGAAGAAAAGGAAGUUGCUUUAUUUUUGAAGGUGUGGGUGGAUUGAAAGUCAGCCUUUUUAAUUUGAUAAAUGGGCACUAAAGAAUUAAGCCAAGACCAUAAUCCAGUUGUUAAUUCUGUCAUCUUAACAAGUGGGCUCUUGACCUCUUCUGUGAGUUUAGAGGUGUGUUUGUGUGUGUAAGUAUAUAGAUGGAUAAAUGGCAAUUCUUUUCUUUCUUGUCUUGAAGAAGCUCCUCAAACUAGUGACUGUUCCUACUAUACAUAUAUAUACAUACAUACAUGUAUGUGUGUGUAUGUAUGUGUGUGUGUGUGUGUGUGUGUGUAUAUAUAUAUAUAUAUAUAUAUAUAUAUAUAUAUAUAUAUGUAUAUAUAUAUAUAUAUAUUCAUUCAUUCAUUCAUUCAUUCAAGUCUAUUAAAUAAGAAAAUUGAGUAAGUCAGAUUGUACUUUUCUAGUAUUACAUCAUCAUAAUUUUCCCCAAUCUUCUCAUAAUCCAACUCAAGUAUUCAGGAUCUGUUUUGCUCUGUUUUGUUUUGCUCUGUUCUGUUGUGUUUUGUUUUGUUUCCGUCAAAUCUAUAUAUGUUAGAACUGGUGGAAUUAUUUUGCAUAGUAAUUGCCACCUACAGAUAUUUAAGUCCCCUUAAAAAAUUUCUACAGCAGUAGAGAACCUUCAGUGUACUUCAUAAUAUUUUAGAAACAAGUAUGUAUAUUUUGGGAAAUCAGGCAUGGGAAAGAACCAACAUGAAGUUUUUUUUUAAAAAAAAAUUACACAAGGCAUUCUUUUGCUUUUUAUCAUUGCUUUCCACUAAUGUUGGAUUGUUUUUAAGGUCAGGUAUUCUGUUUGUGUCUUUCAUGCUCUUAAUGCUGAAGACAUGCAACUAUCCAACUGUAAGGAGUUUGUCAGCAUAAGGCUGCCUUCUCCAUGAAACGCUAUUUAUCAAUCACAUUCAUCAUUAUACCUACUUCUACCCACCCCCAUCCACACUUUGUAUUUGUGAUUUUGGUUCUUCAAAAAAAUAAAAUUAGAUUAUGCAUUUUACUUGUCAUGAAGUCAGAUUCUUUUCAGUGGAAAUAAUCCUUUCUAUCUGGAGUUUCCUCCCGCCUUCAUUGGGGGGACAUGGAAACAUGGCAUGCCAUUCUUAAGAACAGCCUUUAUUAUAUGUUCUGGCUGAAGGUUUAAACUGUACAUAAUUGCAUCUAAUUUUAUAAUAUAUUUUAAAAAAAUUGAAGAGAAAGCACACUUUAGUAUGUUGUUUUUAUUGGUUUUAGAUUAGGAACAGAAGCUCUGAUUUUUCUUUGAGAGUGAAUCAGCUAUUUCCUACAACAGAUUUGGAAUCCACUUUCACUGGUGCUCAUGUGUGAAAUCUGACACAGGUCCUUUUGCUCUCAAAGAGUCUCCAGGAAUUGCCUGUUGAUAAUUAGAAUUAUUGCCUUCUUGGAAAGAAAAAAAAAAAGCUGUGCUGCUUAUUAUUCUGAAAAGAUCAGGGAGUUAGGAGUUUGCCCUUGAAAAAAAAAAUAGGUAGCUGAAAACACAUUUGUGCUUUGAACUUUGUGAACUCUUCCCGCUUUCCCUGCAUUGAAAUUGACUUGUAUAAUAAACAUCUAAGUGUGAUAAAAAUAUAUUUGUAAUGUAAAUCUUUUAAGUCCUGUGAAGGAGCUGAAGCAAACCCCCUUACCUCUUCCUUAGUGCAUAGUGCAUUGGGACAUGAGGAACAGUUGUUGCAAUGCAAUCUCUCCCCUCCAGGCCUUCCCUUUUUGCUGAACAAAGUUUAAUUCCCUUUCUCCCCUACUUUUCACAAAAUCCGAAGAACUGAAAUUAUUUCCUCUUAUUUGGGGGUAUGAUAAAAUGCUGAUCAAUGCCGGUUGGUUGCCUUCUUCCCCAUAUCUGAAAAUGUAGCAGGAUUGCCAGGAUCCAAUGAAGUGGGUAUCCAGCACACCUUUCCUCCCACAUCUUCCUCUGAAAAGCUGCUUUUAAAAGUCAUGGGUGAGCAGCAUGCAAGACCAUAAUGUGGUCAAUGGAAAUUGGCCUGUUGAAGUCUUUCCUUAUCAUCCUCACUGCCUUUAAUAAACAAAGGUAACUAACACUGUUCUGGGAUCUGGGUUAUAUUCUGAAUAUAACCAAGGGGCUGUGCUGGGUCAAUUGUAUUACCUAUUGUGAUAGAAAUGAAUGAUCCCACCCUUCCUCACACACACAAGGUUUGUGUUUCUAUUCUUUCCUAGUUUAUGGGCAAGGAUGAAUCCAGUCCGUUUUGUUUCCAUUUUUGAAUAUCCACUUCUUCCGCAACAAAGGUUAUUUGUUGAUGGUGAACUUGGCCUGCUUCCUUUAACAAGAGUUAAAAUAAAUAAAUAAAAGUACAAUAGACCCAAAGGGGAAGAGGAAGUUUCCGAAGGUGUUUUGGGAACCGAUGCAAGUGGGAGGUGGGAACAAGGGAGGAGGCUUAUCUCCCCCAUCUCACCGCACCCCAUCUCACCCCACCCAUGAUCAGCCAUGGUCUAAUGGGAAGAUUAAACCCAAUAAGGGGAGAAUUCUGGAUAUUUGGGCAGGUUAUAAGCAAGGCUGUCUUAGUGUAAAUUAAAAACAGAAAUUCAAACUAGGGUUUCUGAUUCCUUAAGAAAUUAUCAUUGUUGAUAAGAAAUGGAUUCAGCAACAGCUCUUGUUUCUCCUUAUCACUGUUUGUUAUUCUUAACCCUCGCUCUUGUUUAUUGCCUUUUGAAACUCCCCUCCAGCCAAAAAAACCCUACAGUUCAGAACAAUCAAAGUCUUCAAAUGAAUUUCAACCAAAUAUAAAUUUUUCAUGUUGCACUGUAGAUUGCAGUUUCCAACUGAAACUUCUUGGGAAGUUUCAUUCACAGGUUUUGUUUUAUUUUGUACAUUUCAUGUUUUCGUGAAUUUCUUUUGUUUUUCUGUUAAGGGGCCUGAACUAGCAUCCAGUUAUAUGAUAUGUGUCAUAAUCAAAAUAUAUUUCAUGUGUGGUGAAGGCAGAUAAUAUGACAGAGUAAUAUUCUUUAAACGGCAUUUCCCUGAAAAGUAGAAAUGGCCCUUGAAGAGGAGGGACCAAUUUUGCAUUUUUUUGGCAUGUUAAGAAAAUAGCUUGAAAAUAAUGCUUUCUCUGAAUUGUGAUGCUCAUGAGAAAAUUCCAAAAUGUUUUUCUCCUUAACAAUCAGUUCUUAUUUGAUAAAAAAAUCGUACAGUUUUUGUACAUUGAUGUUGGAAAAAGCUAAAACAAGGCUUGUGACUGAAAAACAACUUAAUUUAUUUUUGUGGCAAAUUGAUCUGUAUAAAUGGUGCCUUUCUUCCCUUAUUUCUUCCCUUCUUUCUUCCCGUUGCUGUUCUGGUUGUGUGCCACUUAGCUUUCAAGUUGUCUCCAAGUGAUAGGAUUUCUAGAAAAGCAAAGGAAAGUAUUGUAGCCUCUGGAGCAUUGCCACUGGAGGGCAGCAGGUGGAAAGAUUUUUUUUCCCACUGUAGGGAAUCUGAGAUUUAUGGACCCCAUAUGUAGUAUCCAGUUUGACCUGAAAUGUGUGUGUGAGAGAGAAAAACACUCAGGGCUAAAAAUAAAAAAAAAGAAUGAAAAAAAGCAAUUCUGUUAUACUCGUAACUCAUUAAAUGUGCAAGCCUAUAUGUAUAUACACCUUUUCACACUCUAAACAUAUGAACUGGAUUCAUAUGUUGAGCUUGAACAACUAAUGUGUGUCUUUACCUUCUAGGAACGGUGUCCAUUAUUAAAUGUAUAGGAUGGUAAUAUUCCCAAAUCUGUCUUGCCAGAAAAGUGCACAACUGCUUUGUGCCAUAGACUGGGCUGAGUUAUCUUGAAACAACCCUUGAUUUGCAAAAAGAAAGAAACCAGGGAAUGGAUCUAGCUUGAAGAAGUGGACAAUUAGGUUGUGUAUGGAAAUAUCUGUUUCUCUUGAGAGAAUGGAGUUGAUUGUGGACCAGUUUCUUUGAAUGGUGAUGCUGAUUACUAACCAGUUUGGGGCAUGUCUCAGGGACUCCAUACAGAAAUAAGAGCAGGUAAAGUAUUUUUAAGCAAGUAAAUUUUGCAGAAAUACAGAAUAUCAUCCAAGUAUGAGCACUAGAAGGAAAAAGCCAUGUUUAUUUUUGCAGCUCAUAAAGAGAGGUGUGUGUUUCUCUGUGUGUUAGCGUGUAUGUGUGCGCGUGUGCGCAUGUGCAUCAUUCUCUUGAAAUGGUGCUGAAGUCCAACAUACACAAUCUUUUCCUCUGCCAUGCUCAGUUUAAGCUUUUCCUCUUUGUCAUACCAAGGGGAUUCAGAAUAUCUAGGGCAGGUUUUGGGGUGUUUUUUUUUAAAAAGUAAAAGGUAUAUUAAUUUAUGCUUUAACAUCACCUCAUAAAUUAUUUAUACUAAAAGUUAUUGACUGUAAUGAAUUAUGCUACAAAGGUGUUUUAGCUAUAAAAGUAUAUGCAUUAAAAAACUACAUCCCCAUCCCCUCAAAUGAAACAUCUUUUUACACUGGAUGUUUGCUGUGACAAGGUGUACAAUUAUUCUGUGCUAUCUUACAGGUAUAAAUAUAGAAAUAAAAAUAUAAAACAUAAAGUGAAAGUGUUAUCUUGUAUUGCCAAACAUUCUUCUUCUUGUCCCUUUGGCACUCUGAUUUUUUCUGCAAUAAUCUCUGUAACUCUGAUGAUGAGUUGUUUUAGUUACAGUGGGGGGGAAAAAUCAGACGUUUUGCAUCUUAAAACUGUGAAAUGCAUUCCAGUUUGCUCUGCAGGUUGGAUGUUCAAAUGGAAACACAUCAGUUCUAGAACCCACAGUGUCUUGCCUGAGAAUGUCUUUCUUUUUAUCUUCAUCACAAAGGAAUUCCCACUGUGUCUUAUAAAUAGAACCCAUAUAUCUUGUGUGCAUUUAUGAUACAACAUACACAGAACACACACAACCAUAUGUAUAAAUACCCAUUGAGGGAAUUGUACAUAUGAUAUAUGAAUGUUUCUAUAGUAUGGGAGUCACCAAUUUUAUGUUGUUUCUAGAAAAAAAUGGUCACUAAUGAUAGAGGGUAUUGUGGAAAUACGAUUGCUAGAUUGAAGUUCAUUUUAUGCUCUCCAUUACGCAAAUAAGCAUAUGGGAUUUUGGCUUGUUUCAAGGCUAACUCUACUAUCAUGUUUUCUCGUUUAUUUUCUGUUUUCAGAAUCCAAUUGUACUGAGCCCUGUUAAAAUGACAGAAAAUGCUGUAUUUCCAAGAUAGCUUUUUAAUAUAAAUAAAUAGAUAGUACAUUAAUGGGAUGCUGAUUAAGGAGAGUUUAAGGUAUUCUACAUUUGAUAGGAACACUGAAUGUGGGAAUCAGCUUUGCAAAAUUUAGAAGAGUUUUAAUAUUUUCUGUCUCUGAUUUUGGAACAAUAUACUUAGUUUGUUACUUUACAUGUGCAAUGUGGCUUCUUAUUUUCAUAUUUGCUUUUCACAUCAAUAUACUGUACUUGUGAAAGGGGAUUGGGUGCUUGAAAAUCUUGUUUGGUGGCUUUUAUAUAGAAAUAAUACAGCUUUUUACUCCCAAAGAUGGCCACUCUGGUAAUUAUUUUAGCUACUGUUCACUUUGUAUUUUGAAAGGAAUGGCACGGUUCUCACUUGGCUCAGUGCAAUUUUAAUUCUGACUCUCCUUUCUUUAGCAUAUUACCUACCUCCCCCCUUCAUUUUGACUAAGCACCAAUACUGACCACAACUACAGCUUAUCUAGAUUUUCCUCCUCAAUAAAAUCUGAACUUAUUUUAAGCCUCAUUUCAGGUUCUGAUUUAAGGACACUUUUCAUUAGCCUUAUUAACCACAGGUAGCAGCUGAGUUAGAGCAUCAAGUGAAAUUAUAGCAUUGCACAAACCCCUUCCCGAGAAGGACAGCUGUGAGGAAAGAAGAAUAGACAUUUCAGUCUGCAACGCCUCAGAAAACAUUAAAAAUCAUAUUUACAAAAUUUAUUGUUGGCAAUUUGCUUUUACCAAAUGUCUAAGGUUUUCACUUCUCAAGAAUCAGGGUAGUAACAGAAAGUGAGGGGAGAUGGAACAGAGCAGAAAAAUUCUGAAAGAAGCUAAGCAUUCCUUUGUGCUAUUAAAAGUUCAAGAGUGGGUCAAGCCAAAUCACUCUCUCCACCAUAACCUCUUGCCUGCAGGACCUACUAGUGACAAACUCCUUUGGUCCCCAACCUCCAUUUGGAGAUUGAAAACCUCACAACCACAAUCGAUUACUUCUUUGGGGACUUCCUCUAAUUGGGAUGGCAGUACAAAGGAAUUUGGAGUGGGUUUCUUGCUCUGCCAUGUGGGAAAGUUGUUAGGAGAAGCAGUGCAUUUUCAAGUUUUGCUUAUUUUGGUUAGCAGGGUAUCUGCACCAGUCUUUCAGAGUAGAUAAGAGACCAAUCCCAAAUAUUUUUGUUUUGUUUCCUUUCUCAUGUGGAUGAUAUAUGAACGGCAAUACCCAAAUUCAAAGGAGCUCUGCCUUCAGUGCUGUGUGUCGUGUUGUGUUGCUAUAAAAACCACGGCAUUUACAUUAAACCUUUCCAUCCUAAUUUAUUUUGUUGCACAUAUCUCUAGCAUACUGUUUUUGAAGAAAGUUUGCAUUUCAAAAUAGAUUUUAUAAAUCAACUUUUAUAUUAUACACACAGAGGGAAUUGGCUGAUUUUCCUCACUGGUUUUUUUUCCCCAAGUAUGUUUUAGGGAAAUCAUUCUUUGUACAUAUGCAUGCAAUGUAAAGGGGGAAUUGUGGGUUGCUAAUAGUCUUUGCUUCCUAUUAGUAAUGAAAAUGGGAAGUACCAGAGUAAAUUUAUUUAUGGAAAAGAAUAGACUUAUGUGUAUAUGUGUACAGAGAGAGAUAUAUCAGACGUGGCAGCACUUUGCUGAAUGUGGAAUUGCCCUUUGUACAACACGUAACAUUAAUGUGAGAUUUUUCCAUCUAAAAAUAUGUGCUUAUUUGUAUCCAUAUGCUAAGUAUACAUCUAGGGCAGACAUACAGAAUAUAUUGAGUACAUGUUUGGGGGAAAAAAUACGUGUGAGAAGGUAAAAUUGUCAUUACAUCUGAGAGGUUUCGAUGAUUUAGCUUACUAUUUGUUAUAUUCUUUUGUUAAUAUAGAUUCCUCUAGCCACGUGUUGGCUUUUGUUUCUGGUAAAAAAAGUCAUCUACAGUAUGAUUUUGACCCAUUUUCUCUCACUUGAGGACUUUUAACUACGGUAAUUUUCUUUUAUUAAUUUAUCAGAAUGGACCUCUCUUUUGUUACUUAAUAAUUUGCCAGUUUGUUCAAACCUUUCUUGGCUGGAGCAGAGCUCCUACAGUCAGAGCUAACCAUUCCUUGAUGCUCACCCCUAACUUCUUUAAACAGAUUAUUUGGUGGACAGUUACUUUCUGUGAAUUCCUUUCUUGUUUAUUAUACCAAAACAUAAACUCUUGAUUUGUUUUUUGUCAUGUUCAUUUCCACAUGUAACAAACAAACCCUAGAUCUUUGUUUUAUCUUUACAUUCCUAGUUCUUAAAAUUCCCAAUCUUCUGCUUCUCAGAAAAUCUGAAAAGUUGAUGCUUCAUGGAGUUUAAUUGCUAUUAAAAAUGUUUUGAAAAAGAUAAAUUUUUCAUAGUAGAAUGGAUCUGUACGUAGCCAAAGGUUUGCUUAAAUGACCCAAAGGCAAGCCUGCACUAGGUUGACUUCAGUGCACACAAUCAGCUACAUAAUGAGGGUCUCAUCUGAUUGCUGAAAUAGGUUAAUUUUCCAUAGAUAGGGGAGGAGAUGUGAGGAAUGAAAACUUUUAGAGCAUUGCUAGUUAUCUUGCUAUAUGAUGAAAUAUUUGGUGUCUGUUCUCUCAUAAUCCCUAUUCUUUCAGAUCUGAGAUAAUUUUGAGCCUAGGAAUCUUAGCAGAAUUAGAUACUUCAGUAAUAUAGAAGCUCCGUUGAAAUUUAAGCUCAGUAUGUCGUUUGGUCUUCAGAAUCCAAAAUGUCCCCAUUUUAACAAUAAUAAUAAAUGAUGAAAUCAGUUUGUUUCCCUGACAGGAAAGUAUAAUAUCCUCAAUAUCCAUGAACAAUUCAAGAAUUGGUAUUUGUAGGGCUAAAUAUUUCUGUAUAUGGUUGCGUAUGUACAUAACACACUAUUUCAGGGCAUAAGUAAAUAGAUAUAGAUAUGUAUGCAAUAUAUAUAUUAUAUAUAUUUUCUCAUUCCACUCUGCAUUCAUGAAUGUGAAAUAGAGUGUAGACCAUUAUAUGAAUUUUGAUUCAGUUUUGACAUUUAGCAAACUGCUGUUCCCUUUGGUGUACUUAAGCUGCACUUUGCAGUUAUAUGUCAUAAAUGAAAGAAAAAUAUUUAUAAUACUCAAAAGCCAUUUGAAAUUGUCUUUUAGCAAAAAGAGAUCCGUUUAUUAAAUGGUACCCUAUGUCAGAUAGGGAAGGUGCCUCUUCCUAAGUGUGGGAUCCUGAUGAUUGUAAUGUACUGCCUUUUUCUUUUAAUCUUAUUUUUAAAUUAAAAUUGUAAAGGUUUGCAUUUUCUCUAAACCACUUCCCUACAAUCACCAUGCUUCCAUCACUGUGCAUUUGAUACCACUGGUGUCAUGGAGGAGGAGGUACAUAUUUUGAUGCCUCUGCAGGAAAAAAACAAUAUUGCCUCAUUGUUCUAUCAUAAUGAACCAUCUUUUUAUUCAUUGAGAAGUUCUUCACUGGGAAUGACUGUUUUCAAAAUAAUUUCUCAAACUUUUGUUACUUAUUGGGGAAGGCGGGGGCUGGGAAAAGACUUUUUAAUACAUAUCAUUUAUGUAACUCUUCGUUGGUGUCUGAACUGAAUUACUGCAUUCAGAUACAGAAUGUGGAGAGGUGGGGAUUUAAGAAUCUGAGUUUAAAAUAUGUGUAGGUUGAGCAAAUCCAAAUAUUAGACAAAUUUGGAAAAGAGGAGACCUUCAAAUAGAUUGAAUGCCAGUCAAAAACAGUCAUAAUGUACAUCAGGGGUGGGCUGCAUUUACCUUUGCUAUCGGUUCACUCGCGUGCGCGCCACUUCUGUGCAUGUGCAGAGCAUAUUUGACGAUAUCCGGGUGGGUAGGCGGAGUCUCCCGCCGCCGCUGCUACCGGUUUGCCUGAACCGGUAGCAACCCACCACUGAUGUACAUUCUGUUUCAAGCCUAAGUGGGUUUUUUGUGUCCUUAAAGGCAAAAUAGAUCUGCUUCAUAACACAGAAUUUGUGAGAAUUAUUUGUAAAACACGGAAGAGGCUGCAGUGAGAAAGCCAAGCUUAACCAGGCAUUGGGGAAAGUACAGCUUAUUCAUGUUAAUUUGUGACCUUCUGAGUGAUUGCACAGUGGCAAGGAUUCAGAGUUUCAUUCAGAUGUUGUUCCCAUCUCAGCACUCUGGUUGCAUUUUUCUUUCAAGUACAUUGUCUUAAAAACAAAGGAAAUCUUUUUUUAACAAUUAAAGCUUAGAAUCUUAAAGGGGAUGUGAGCAAAGCUGAUAUAGACAAGAAAGCCACUAUGACAUCCAAUCUCAUGAUAAACAUGGGUAGGGACAAUCAAGAACAUUUAAUUGU